AUGCGCCGCACGACGCUCGGGACCGUGUCGUCCUCGCAGCUCAAUGCGCGCUCGACGGCGCUACGGCACCCGUCCGUGCGCGUGUCGGUGCCCAGCAAGAGCAACACCGACAUGGAGCGCCAGUCCAUUGGCGUCGUGCCCCGACGUCGCGUCUCCACGGCUGCCGGCCGCGCCCCGCGUCGACCACCUCCGGGUCCGCGCGCGUCGGUUACUCCACGCCACUCGGUGACGGCAUCCAGCGGCGGUACUGCUGCUGCUGCUACUUCACGACGCAGCAGCACCUACGGCUCUCGGACGUCUCUCUCGGGCCGCGGCGGCGCGCGCGUGCUGGACCCGCGACCAGUGGGCGACCGCGCGUACCUCAGCAGCUGCGUCCACACGCUCGUGGAGUUCCUCGAGGAGCACCAGUACGACCAGUCGAUGAUGCCGGGACUGACGAAGCGCGGGCCGUCGAAAAAGGAGUUUUGCAACGUCGUGCGGUUCCUGUUCAAGCAAGUGGACCCGACGUUUGAGUUUGGCGUCAAGUUUGAAGAGGACGUGGUGCUGCAGUUUCGCAACUUGCGGUACCCGUUUCCGAUUAGCAAGACGUCGCUCGCUGCCGUGGGGACGCCGCACACGUGGCCGACGCUGUUGCUGUCGAUCACGUGGCUGAUUGAGCUGCUCACGUACGACGAGGCGAUUCAGGAGGCGAACGAGAUGGACGAAAGUGACGAGAAUGACGAUGAAAAUGGCGACAAGUUGUUUUUCAAGUACUUGGAGGCAGCUUACCGUGUGUUUCUGACCGGCGAAGACGAUAAGAGCACAGAGCUGGCGCAAAAGGAGAUGGAUCGAUUGAGCCAGCGAAACGACGCGAUCGAGCAGGAAACAAGUGAACUGGAACUACAGCGCGAGGAGCUGAAAAAGCGUAUCGAGCAGGCCAAAGCGGAUAAGAAUGCGCUUUCGGAGCUGAGGAAAAAGAAAGCCGACUGUCUGAGUGACCUUAUAAAGUUCAAGGACUUGGUGAAUCAAUUUGAGAUGCUCAAUAACAAACUGGACAAAAAGAUGGAGGGGCUCGCUAAGGUUCAGCAGACGCUGGAGGAAGAGCUUCGCGCCCGUCAACAAGAGAUUCAGAGGCUGAAGAGCCGUAUUGAGAACCAGGAACUGUCUGCACACGACAUUGAGCAGAUGGCUCAAGAGAGAGCGCGGCUGACCGACCAGCUCCAUCACAAUCUUGCUCUGCAGGAUGAAAUCCAGACACAGAUCAAGAAGGACGAGAACCGUGCCGCUGACACCCGAGACCGACUUGACAAUCAGAUACACGAAUACAUGAACACUUGCAAACGGCUGAAGAUCGUUCCGUCAACGGCAAAGAAUGCUCUGAACUUCGAUUUUUAUCUCGAGUUGGACCCGAAGUUGCAAGAACUCGAAGCAUUUCAAAAGCUCUCGCAGCACCUGAAAACGAGCGUUCGACAAGCAGCACUCAGGGUGAAGCAGCAUCGACAUGCGCGCGCCAACGAGGGCCUAGACCUCGCAAUAGUGCUGACCGAAGAGCUGGCGCAGAGCGAGAACAAGCUGAACAUCGAAAUGCAAAGUGAGAAGAGAAUGGAAGCCGAAGUGAGAAAGAUUGCAGACCAGAUGGUGAGAGAGCGUGAGAAAAGGACCGAAAGUCUCAGUCGGAAGCAAGCUGCGACGGAAGAGGUUGAGAUCAAGAUCACGAACAUCUCAAACGAAGACAAUCUGGUCCAAGAGGAGGUCAUUAGCUCGGAACAACAUCUGCAUGAUGUGAAGAAAGCGUCGGUGGAAAUGACAGAGAGUUACCAAACGUUGCUCGACAAGAAUCGACACGCUGUCACGAACGUUCUCAUGGCGUGCACGAACCACAAGGACAUGGUCGAUCGUGCCAUUUUGUCGUUGGAAGCCGAACUAAGCAGGAUUUGA